CACAGAUUCACUUUAUGGAUCGAUCAUCCAAUGAUCGAAUGGAUUCGAGACAAGUCACGCAUCUGAGGGCUGGCCGUCUCCACCCUUACACACGGCCACACACCCGUAGCUACGUCGAAAGAGCCAUCGAACCGCCCAGCCUCUGACCCCUCUCAAGCAAAGACGUCGAUAUGUACACAAAAACUCGCGGGUCAUAUGACAUACUACAAGAGCUCCUGAGGCAGCGAAGCUGCUUAGUUGAUGUCUACGUCUCCAUCAGUCGAAACAAACCUCCAAUACAGACAGACAGCACACCCACUGCAUCCACCGCAACAAUGGGCACCUGAAUUCACACAAACACACAGACGGAUGACCAGCCAGCCAGCCGUCCAGCCAGGGGCAGCCCAGUUCUGUCUUUGCGAGUGUGUCGGUCACCCAUGGAAACUGCCAUCUAGUAGUAUACAGGCCCAAAGAGGGGGAGGCCGAGGAAUCGGGGAGUCCGACGCCUGUUACCUAAAGGCGUGGCACACACAUCCAUGCAGCCGUGGGCGGGUCAGCAAGCGAUGCACUCCUCCCCCCCUCCCCGCUCUGGCUGCCUUGCUCCUCCAUCGCUCACUCGUUCACUCACUCGGCGGCCGUUGGACGAUAAGGCGGAUGGGCUCGAAGGAGCUGUCGCCCUUGCCGGCGAACGCCUCGCCCACGGGAAGGCCAAGGUCGACGGUGCGCUCCUCGAGACUGUAGGAUGCAUUGCCCAUGUAGUUGACCGGGUAGAAGGGGUGCUUCUGGACCAUAUCCGUGGCGAAGAUAUAGCCGGGUGUCCCGGCUGUCACACAGAUGGGAAAUGGUCCUGCGAUGAUGCUGCCGCCCUCCACUAGCUCCACCCAUUUCUCGAUCACCUGUCGUGAGCUGCGAGGGCUGGCCGUCGGAGCCUUGGGGGAGGCACCGAGGGCCUUGUGAGUGGCAAAGGGGCGGCGGGCGAGAGUGGCGAGUGGGAGCGGCCGCGACGCAGUGAAGGGGGCGGGGCCGAUGAACAAUGAUGGAUCACCAGACGGCUGCACACACACACACAGAGAGAGAGAGAUUGAUGUCGGUGUGUGUGCACUCUGCCUGUUUGUGUGCGGCCGGCGCUUCCGACAAACUGACCUGUGUGCUGGUUUGCAGGCAUCCACACGUGAGCCAAACAGGAGGGCCAAGAAGCAGCAGCAGCUCAGCAGGGAACCCAUCGAGAAAGAUCUCAACGCGAUUUCGCUGGCAUCGCUGCCCUGCCCGUCGAUGAACAGAAUAAGCUCGUCGUAGAUAGCAGAUCUCAACCCCAUACCGCUGACUCCCUUCACUGUCGCUGCGUGUACG